AAGUCAGUGCACCACCAUUUCCUCUCUUCUUACUCUAUCUAAAAGUCUUGUGCUUUUUUUUUUCUCUAAUAUUUUUCUUUCUUUCACAUCUAAAAGAAAGUCAGCGCCAUCCUUUUUGCCUUCUCUGCCUGUGUUUUCUUUCUGCCUAAUUUGCUUAAGAAAACGCUGAGUUAAGAUCGAGCGUUUGAAAGUUUCUAGGUUGAUUGGCUACCGAAAAUGGCUGAGGACUGGGAUCUUUAUGCAGUGGUGAGAAGUUGUACGUCUGCAGCCGCCAAUACCACCGCCACAGCAAGCAAUAAUUCCCCGAGCAAUAAUUUUACGAAUGGGAAUAGUAACCCUUUCCCUUUGGCUUGCUUGGCUUCGUUGACGUUUGAGGAAGAAGAUGACCCGUUUUCAUUUCCUAAUCUUUCACAGCGGAGGAAAAGUGGCUCUUUGCAAGAUUCUUACAAGCCCUUUUUGCUUUACGCCGACCCCACCACCAUCAGCACUAAUCAAGGUAUUGAUCCCAGCUCUUCAAGUUCUGUACCUGGAGGAUCUAGCGGCCAACAUCAUCAGCAUCAAAGGUUACAGCAGCAGCAGGAACAGCCCACCACCACCACUUGCAGCAUCGGGAUUAGCUCCCCGUUGACUCCCACCUGCACUCCCAAUUUUGCUUUUGGCCAAUCUGGAAACCAGCAACAACCACAUCAUGUUCAGGAACAACCACAAACGCAGCAGCAGCUGCAACAACGAGUUCAACCGCAGGAAGUUCAAAGGCCUGCUACUGUCCUUCCUUUACGGAACAUGCAAUCUCAGGCUCCAAGAUCAAGAAAGAGGAAGAACCAGCAGAAGAGAACCCUAUGCCAUGUAACAGCAGAUAAUUUGUCAUCAGAUCCGUGGGCAUGGCGUAAAUACGGACAGAAGCCCAUAAAAGGCUCCCCCUAUCCAAGAAACUACUACAGGUGCAGCAGCUCAAAGGGGUGCUCAGCCAGAAAACAAGUGGAGCGUAGCAAUUUGGAUUCCAACAUCUUUAUUGUUACCUACUCGGGCGACCACACGCACCCAAAGCCCACUCACCGGAACUCUCUCGCUGGCAGUACUCGAAACAAGCUAUCAACCAUUCAAAAGGCUGCAAGCAAAAAUUCUGCCCCGGAAACCUUGCCCAGCACUACUGCUUCUUGCUCCACUCCUCGCUCCACCACUAGCCUCUCUCCCAUCUCUCCCACAACCACACUUUCAGCGCCUGAAGACUUCACCGCCCCCUUACACAACGCGGGUGAUAAUGGAGGUGAAGAAGAAAGCGUUGAAAUGACUCCUGAAGUGGCUCCAGAUGGAGAAAGCGAUGAAGAUGAUGUUCUGAUCCCCAACGUGCAUGUAGAUGAAGAUCUCUUCAAGGGAUUGGAAGAACUCGUUGGUGGUUCUGCUGGUGCUGCCAGUACCAGUAGUGGAUUAGGACGCAGCCCGGCCUUCAGCAAUAAUUUCUCUUAUUGGCGUACUGGUUACUCCUCUGCCGCCGGAGCCACCGCUGGUGGUGGCUGCUAGACUGAUUUUCAUCUUUAUAGUUGUUAAGUGUUUUUCUUUGAAUACAACGAGUAUAAAAAUUUUUUGCUUUGAGUACAGAGAAAUUAAGAAUACUCGGAGUUCAUUUAACUUUUCCUUUUAUGUAUCAUCUAUCUCUCCAACAAGAUAAAUACAGAAUAUAAAACAUAUUUUUCCACAUUCAAUUUCGUGCAUAUAAAUUAAUUAUAACAUAAUAAUAAACAUUCUAAAUAU